AUGGCACAGACGUCUACCAUGCUGCAGCAGGCCAUCUCGGGCGCUGCCUUUGGUGCAGCGCUGACGCUUUCAGGGGUGUGGGUACCAUCGGUCGUCCUGGGCCAACUGAAGCUCGACGACUUUCGCAUGCUGCGCAUGUUUCUCACAGCCAGUGGCACGAGCAUACUCAUCUUUGGCCUCUUGUCCGGCAGAGGCCUGCCCAAAUCCUCCCCUCGCAGGCCUUCACCGAUCUCCGGAGUUCUUGGUAGCAGCGGCAAAUAUGCCGGCAACAUCAUCGGCGGACUGAUGCAGGGACUGGGCAUGGCGCUCGCCGGAGCCUGUGCCAGCACCGUCCUUGUACAGGCCGGCCUGGGCACUUACCCGGGCCUCUACACCAUCUCUGGCGCUGCGGCUGGCGGCUUCCUCUUUAUUCCCAUCAACAGUUGGAUUCAAAAGAGGAAUGCUGCUAUGAAAACUAAGACAAUGGGUUUCGACCAGAAAGAAAAGGCGGCGGAUCCUCCAAAGCUCACAAUCUAUGAACAAAUCGGCGUCAGCCGCUCGACAUGCAUACUGGCCAUGGAAGCUGCGCAGGUAGUUAUGAUCAGAGGCUUGGCCCUGCACAAGAACGGGAGCACCACUACUCAUGCUACUGACAAGGCUUUCAUUGAUCCGAUUGUGGGCGGACUGCUUGUGGGACUUGCGCAGACCAUCGCGCUCUCUGUGAGGGGGUCACCGCUCGGCGUGUCAAACGUGUUUGAGGAGAUGGGGAACAUUCUCUGGGCGGGCGUGGACGCUGUGACUUCACUCAGAGGAAUCAAUCAUCGUCAGCCGAGAAAGAAGCUGAGUGUCACCGGCCUGGCCUUUGCGGGUGGUAUGGUCCUUGCUGCUGCGGGGAUCACACGCUUUGUACUGCCUGCGUUCAAGGACCCUUCUACAAUAGCAGCGCUGGUGGACCGAGGGCGGCCGCGGUCGCUGGCCAAGAGUCCAACGGCACUACGGGCGAUGGUCGGCGGUGUUCUGAUCGGGCUGGGCUCAAGGAUAUCCGGAGGUUGUACUUCGGGCCACGGCAUAAGUGGGCUCGGCCUGCUCUCGACUUCGAGCUUGGUGACAACGACAUGCAUGUUUGGAGGGGGGAUCGUGUUUGCGCAGCUGCUGUAGAUUAAUCUCGUAGUCCAGUCUCUGCUUCAUGCCCAGAAGCUCGUCUCUUGUGGGCGACUUCUGGCAUUGGCAAUGGCAUGCGAGUUCCAAGCAUCCGUCU